AACAAUAAUACUGCCAAGCUAGAAAUCGGAUCAGACUGACAAAGAUGCUAACUGAAAGAGCCCGGAAAUCUCUGCUUCCUUUGAAGUUACCAGAAGGAUUUCAGAGCAAAGUGGUUGCACCUCGAAAUGCAAAGUUGGUUACAGAGGAAAAGAAGGAUGCUCCACUGACACCCUCGGCUUUUCUGAAAGAGAUAUCUCUCACAACAGAACAAAGGCUGGCAAGCACCCAUGAAGUACGCUUGCCUCACAUAAUUCAGCUUUUGGACAUGAGUGAAACCUCACACCAGAAAUUCUCCUCGGUUGAUCUGGAUCGGACUCUGUUUCAACCAUUCCCAUCAGAAGUGGUUUUUCAAAAUUAUGCCCCUUGUGAGCUCUACGAAGUACCACUGAUCCUGAGGAACAACGACAAG